GGCUAGUACAACUACAACUGCCAGGUUCAGGGGUUCCUUGGAGUAGCAUUAAAGACAAUGCAGCAGAUUUCAUCUUCUUCACUACUACACUACCCAUAAAAAGAUAAAUAUCAUGUAAAAUCCCAAAAAAGGGAAACUUUGGUGUUUUUUUUAUGAUGAUGAUUUGACGAUCAUUAUUAUUUCUGGGUGUGGAGAGGAAAAAAAAAUGGGUUGUGUGUAUCAGAUUCUCCACAUGAUUUCCAUCAUCACAUUCUUCUUCAUUCUCAUAUCAUUGAAAAGUACCCACAUUUUGAUUGCUGAGGCUUCACUUGAUGCAUCGGAGUACUUGAAGCUUCAGAGACUACAAGAGUACUAUUUCAUGGAGGAGGAGAAAAGUGAGAAUGAAAACCAGAUUGUGAGAGUUUCAGGAGAUGAUGAGAGUGAAGAAGAUGAAGUUUUCUUAUUGAAGAAGUUCAGAGCUCUAUUGGGUAUGAGGAGGUUCAAGAGAGGAAGAGGAUCUUCUAGUGGUUCUGAGUACUUGUCACCAUCACCAUCUCCAUCACCCACCAUUGAAGCUGAGGCUCCUGCUCCUGCUCCUGCUCCAUUUCUGCACAAACAUGUGCAUUCUCAUCAUCCAUUCCACAAAUUGAAUCCAAUUCCAAAAACCCACAAGAUUGAGGAACAGAAUAGUGAGAAGGGUGGAUUGAAAAAGGUCUUAAUUGCAGUUCUUGUGUCUGCAGGAGCUGCCUUUGUAGUGUUUAGUGUUGGGUUCUUCUGGGUUUUUGGCAAAUUCAGGAAACAAAAGAAAUCUGCAACAACAAUGGCUAACCACAUGAAUAAAGGAAGAAAAAAGGGUAAAUCCAAGAUUGUGAGUUCCCAAAAUUCAGCAAACAAGGUGAGCUCAAAUCCUGUAAUUGAUGAUCUCUUGUAUCUUAACUCAUUAGGUGUAGAUUUAGAGCAGCAAAGUUGUUGUCUUAAAAAAAUUCCUGAAACUGUGAACACAAAAUUGGAGAGGAAGGAAUCAGAAUCAGACCAAGAAUUGGUCAAAUCUGCUAGUUUUUCUUCUUGUGCAAGGGAAAUUAUGUCUGUUAAUGAGGAUGAUCCAGAGUCAGUUAAGUAUGAAUCUUCUGAUGUGGGUAACUCUUCAUCUGGUGAUAAAAUCAUUCCUGUUGAUUGUCAUUCUUCUGAUGAUGAAUCUUUUCAUUCUUUCAAUGAUUCACACUCAUCAAACAUUAGGCUUUCAAAUGCUUCUGCUGGUAGUCUCAGUGACAUUUCAGAAAAUUUACCCUCAAAUGUGUCAAAGUUAUCACCAAUUCCACAUAGAGAACCAGAUCAUAGAAAGGAAAACAUGAGGAUUGAAACUUCUUCUGAUUGCAUUAAGAAUUUCACAUCCUCACCAUCACCACCACCUCCUCCUCCUCCUCCUCCACCGCCACCAAUGCCAGCCAUCAAUUGCAUUAAAAUUACAUCUCCACCGCCAUUACCUCAUAAAUCUCCUAAUGCUUUACAAGCUGCAUCUAGUAUUCCUCCGCCGCCAUGUCCACCUCCAUUUCUAAACAGAAAUAGCUGUUCUACAAAAGGGCCUCCUCCUCCUCCACCAUCUCAAUUUCUUCCACAAACACCAUUGGGGAAAGAUGGAGCUCCAUUACCCAAAUUGAAGCCACUCCAUUGGGAUAAAGUUAGAGCAGCACCGGAUGGGUCUAUGGUGUGGGACAAGCUAAGAUCAAGCUCAUUUGAGUUGGAUGAAGAAAUGAUAGAAUCGCUAUUCGGAUACAACAUACAGAGUUCAUCGAAGAACGAUGAAGGGAAGAGCAAAACUCCUUCUCCAAGCAAGCAUGUACUUGAACCCAAAAGAUUGCAGAACAUAACCAUACUCUCAAAAGCACUGAAUGUGACUGCUGAACAAGCAUGUGAAGCACUCUUAACAGGUGAUGGUCUUAGUUUACAGCAAUUAGAGGCACUUGUGAAGAUGGUGCCAACCAAGGAAGAAGAGGAAAAGCUAUCCAGUUAUAAAGGGGACACCAAUGAAUUGGGAUUUGCAGAACAGUUUGUCAAAGCCAUUCUCAACAUACCAUUUGCUUUUCAAAGAGCAGUCGCCAUGCUUUAUCGAGAAACUUUUGAAGACGAAGUCAUUCAUCUCAGAAACUCUUUUUCAAUGCUAGAGGAGGCUUGUAAGGAACUAAGAUCAAGCCGGCUCUUCUUAAAGCUACUUGAAGCAGUUCUCAAAACGGGUAAUCGAAUGAAUGUUGGAACAAUCAGAGGAGGAGCCAGAGCAUUCAAGCUGGACGCGCUCCUUAAACUUGCCGAUGUAAAAGGAACUGAUGGAAGAACCAACUUACUACACUUUGUUGUUCAAGAAAUGAUAAGGUCAGAAGGAAUGAGAGUAUCAGACAGCAUUAUGGGAAAGAUUAAUCAGAGAAACAAGAACCAAACUGUCGAAGAGAAGGAGGAAGAUUACAGAAGAAUGGGACUAGACCUUGUUUCUGGAUUAAGCACUGAACUGUACAAUGUGAAAAAGACAGCAACAAUUGAUUUGGAUGUUCUUGCAAAUUCUGUCUCAAAUUUAUCAGAAGGAAUGUCCAAAUUGCGACAUCUAGUGGACAGUGACCUGAAAAUAGGGGAUUUUGUCAAGUCGAUGAAGAAGUUCAUGAAUCAUGGAGACAUGAAGUUGAAGGAAUUGAAGGAAGAUGAAGAUAGAAUCUUGUUACUUGUGAGAGAGAUUACUGAGUACUUCCAUGGAAAUGUGAGCAAAGAUGAAGCAAACCCUCUUAGGAUAUUUGUGAUUGUGAGAGACUUUCUGGGUAUGUUAGAUCAUGUGUGUAAAGAGCUCAGAAGCUCGAAAAUGGCAACUAGUCCAAACCCUCUUGCUCCAUUUAGAUAGAGUUUGAAUGUUCUUGUGUGGUUUUCAGAAAGUAACUCUGUUUUUUUCUCUCUUCAAAUUUUUAUGUAGAGUUUUAGCAUAUGCUUGGACUGCUUUGGGCAGAGUUUUUUUUUUUAUUUCUCUAAUCUACUUGAGGU